AAAAAAUAUUGGGCUACGAUUUUAUCGCGGAUUGGCCCAUUCUGUCCAAUAAUCCUAGAUACUCGAAACUCAAAAAUGGUCCCCUGUGACCAUCACUUCGUCUAAAAAAGCAGCAAAUAAAAUAUUAGCAAGUUAUACCAAUAGUAAUAGCAAUUGAAAAGGGCUCCAUUUCAUUCACAAUCAUCCGAGCUCUUUCCUCUCAGAAGCUUGCUACAUCCGGAAUCAAAUGGCCGGCCAUAGGAUUGCACAUGCCACAUUGAAAGGGCCUAGUGUUGUCAAGGAAAUAGUUAUUGCAAGUGUACUUGGUUUGGCUGCUGGAAGUGUCUGGAAGAUGCACCACUGGAAUGAGCAAAGAAAAGUUCGGUCAUUUUAUGACUUGCUGGAGAAGGGUGAAAUAAGCGUAGUUGCUGAAGAAUAAUUUCUCAAGGAUCAUUUCCUGUGAUUUGGAUCUUCAGUUAAACAUGGGCAUAAUUUUAUUAUGUCUAAAAGAAUAAGUUUCAUAAACCAAGUAUUUCUGUGUCUAUUCAUCCACUCCAUGUUUGACUAUGAAGUUUUUUAUUUUUAUUGACCUGCUUGGACAGGCUAGAAUGAAUUUGAUUUCAUCUGUUUUAAGUGUGCCAUUCAGCAGGCAAACUCGUGUCUCUGUUAAAAGUUUAUUAUUUCUCCUUUAAUAGGUUCUUUUCUGAAAAAAAAGAAAAAAAUACCAGAAGAUUUCUCUUUCCAA